CUUUCUUUUUCCUCUUCUCACUGGCCAGGACGCAGACAUGAUGGCAGGAGCUGGAGCAGCCACCUUAGGACCCAGCGCUUAAAGUCUCAUGGUGAGAAUGGCAGAGAUACUGUAUCCACUCUGGACUGCUGACCUUUGAACUAUUAUGAAAUGAGCAGUAGAGAAUCAAGCUAAACAUCACCCCAUGGAAGCAACCAGACAAACCUAGAAGGUUAUUUCCAGGGAAAUGCAAACCACAGGGCAUGGUCUCUGAUCCAAUCCUUAGAGAAUGUGACCAUGAGGACACUUUUCCUACCUGGUAAACAAAAGAUAAUGAGAAAAGUGAGAUCGGAAGUUGUUUCACUGACCCAGGAGUUGUAACAGGUGCUUGAGCAGGGGUGUGAUCUGAACGACUAGAGGGAAGGACUGAUGGAAUUGAGUGGGGUCAAAGCGGGCAGGAAUUGGAGAGAGAUCCACACAGCCUCCAACACCACAGCCCUAGGGGUGACCUCCUCCAUGCCCUGCCUACCCCUCCCCAACAUCCUACUCAUGGCCAAUGUCAAAUGGCACCAGGGGCAGAGCCAGACAUGGAACAGACCAUCCACAGCCCCCAACAUCUUCCUGAAGAGGAUUUUCCCACUGAAGUUUGUGGAGCUCCAGGUAUGUGACCGUCAUCAAUGUAUACUGCAAUUGAGGACAGUCACUGAGAAGAUUUAUUACCUAAAGCUCCACCCUGACCAUCCUGAGACUGUCUUCCACUUCUGGAUCCGACUGACUCACAUUCUGCAAAAGGGGCUGUCCAUCACCACCAAAGACCCUAGGAUUCUUGUUACCCACUGCCUAGUACCCAAGAACUGCUGCAGCCCCUCAGGAGAUUCCAAGUUAGAACAGAAGAAACUCCAAGCCUCCCAGCCCAGUGAGAGUCUCAUUCAACUAAUGGCCAAGGGGGAGAGUGAAGCCCUCUCUCAGAUUUUUGCCGACUUACUCCAGCAGAAUCAUUUGAGAAAUGGCUCGAGUUUCAGGAGCAGCAAAAAGGUGGAGACCAACAAGAACAGCUCAGAGAAAGAUUCUUCCGGUGAAGACAGCAUCCCUUGCACCUGUGACCUACGUUGGAGGGCUUCAUUCACUUACGGAGAGUGGGAAAGAGAGAACCCCUCUGGGCUGCAGCCCCUCUCACUCCUCAGCACUCUGGCAGCCUCCACUGGGCCACAGCUGGCCCCACCCAUAGGAAAUUCUAUUUGAGCCACCGUUCCGCACUGGGGAGAAUCUGUGCGAGCCUUAGCAACACUACUCUGCAGCAUUCAGCUUCUGAGGGAUUGUCGGGAUGGAGGGGAAGAGAAAACUGCAAGUAAGGAAAAAUAGAAUCAUCUCACGGUGACAGCAGAGCCUUUCCAGCUGUACGUACCCACGUCCUCACCACUGCACCUCGCCACGCCCCACCUCCAUGCCACUGCCAGAGUUGGCCUAGCAAGAUGUGCGCUCAGAAUGGCCAGAACCGAGCGAUGGAGGAAAGGAGUGAGAGGGAAGUAGGAGCAGAAAAGAAGUGGAAGGGAGCAAAAAGGAGUGGCGAGAAAGGAGGAAGUCAAAGCGGAUGAGAGACACAAGACAAGUGGUAACAGGAAACAGAAGACACUUGGCAGACAAGAUAAAGAGAACAAGAGAAGAGGCACACCCCUGAGAGAUGCUCACCAACCUUCUAUCUAUCUAAUUUAAAACUUGAAAGUAAAGCCAUAUGCCAAAAAAAAAGAAAUACAUUUUCUUCCCUGCUCGGUCCACUCUGGACAAGUGUGAACUGCCAGACUCCUUCAGUUUCCCUUUCUGUCUGUUUUUCUUGCUAGUUCCUCUCUUCUGAUUAAAGCUGUAUUCUUUC